UUGAUAUUCCAUUGAGAUCUAAACCAAGCCUACCAACUAUACUACCUAUUCCUUCUACCUCAUCUAUUUCAGAACACCAAACUGCUGAAUACCCAACUGACAACCAAGAUCAACCUCUCAAUUUACAAUCACAAUCAAAUACACCUAUCU